GGUGGCAGGGCCCGGUGGCGGCCGUGCCACCGAACGGGGCUCCCGCCGCGGGUGGGUGACCCACUUCGUGCCCCCCCCGGGGACACCGCUCGGUCCCGGGCAGCGCCGGUCCCCGCCACGCCGCAGCUCCGGUGACCUUAGCCCGGGAGCCAAGAUAAACUCUUCGGGAAGCGGCUGCUCCAGGCCGGGCGCUACAUCAUGUCCCACAAGGCCUGGAUGAAAACCGUGCCCACGGAGAACUGCGACGUGCUCAUGACAUUCCCGGACAGCACGGAUGACCACACGCUGCUGUGGCUGCUGAACCACAUCCGCCUGGGCAUCCCCGAGCUGAUCGUGCAGGUGCGGCACCACCGCCACACGCGCGUCUACGCCUUCUUCGUCACCGCCACCUACGAGAGUUUGCUGCGCGGGGCGGACGAGAUGGGGCUGCGGAAGCCGGUGAAGGCGGAGUUCGGGGGCGGCAUGCGCGGCUUCUCCUGCGAGGAGGAUUACAUCUACGAGAACAUCGAGAACGAGCUCGGCUUCUUCAGCUCCCAGGAGCGGCAGAGCAUCAUCCGCUACUGGCUGGAGAACCUGCGGGCCAAGCAGGGCGAGUCCCUGCACAACAUCCACUUCCUCGAGGGACAGCCCAUCAUCCCGGAGCUGGCGGCGCGGGGGGUGAUCCAGCAGCUGUUCCCGCUGCACGAGCAGAGGAUCCUCAAGCGCCUGAUGAAGUCCUGGGUGCAGGCGGUGUGCGAGGCGCAGCCCCUCGAUGACAUCUGUGACUAUUUUGGGGUGAAGAUCGCCAUGUACUUCGCCUGGCUGGGCUUCUACACCUCGGCCAUGGUGUACCCGGCCGUGUUCGGCUCCAUCCUCUACACCUUCACCGACAGCGACCAGUCGGCGCUGUCCAUCCCCCAGACCAGCCAGGACAUCUCCUGCGUGGUCUUCGCCAUCUUCAACGUGGUCUGGGCCACGCUCUUCCUGGAGGAGUGGAAGCGCCGCGGCGCCGAGUUCGCCUACAAGUGGGGGACGCUGGACACGCCCGCGGAGUCCCUGGAGGAGCCCCGGCCCCAAUUCCGGGGCACGAGGCGCAUCAGCCCCGUCACCAGCGCCGAGGAGUUCUACUACCCGCCCUGGAAGCGCCUCCUGUUCCAGAGCCUGGUCAGCGUCCCCGUCUGCCUGGCCUGCCUCGCCAUCGUCUUCCUCCUCAUGCUCGGCUGCUUCCAGCUCCAGGAGUUCGUGCUCAGCGUCCAGGAGCUGCCGCGCGUCCUUCGCUUCCUGCCCAAAAUCAUCCUGGCCGUCAUUGUCGCCGCCUGUGACGAGCUCUACAAGAAAGUGGCCUUGUGGCUCAAUGACAUGGAGAAUUAUCGGCUGCAGAGCGCCUACGAGAAACACCUGAUCAUCAAAAUCGUCCUGUUCCAGUUCGUCAACUCCUACCUGAGCCUUUUCUACGUCGGAUUCUACCUCAAGGACAUGGAGCGCCUCAAGGAGCUCCUGCUCAUCCUGUCCCUGUCGCAGAGCCUCGCGCGGCAGCUCCGGGAGGCUCUGCUCCCCUCCAUCCUCCUCCACCUCCACCUCUCCCUCAUCUUCCUCAGGCGCCUCCUGCGCCUUUCCUGGACCCUGGCACUAUCCAAAAUGCUGGCCACGCUGCUGAUCACGCGGCAGCUGCUGCAGAACGUGCGGGAGGUGUCGCAGCCGCAGCUGCAGCUCGGGGCGCGCAGCCUGCGGCAGCUCUGCCGCGCUCUGCUCCGCCGCCUCGGCCCGCAGCCCCCGCAGCCCCCGCAGCCCCCGGGGCCCCGCGGCCACAAGAAGUGUCUGAACGGCGGCUGCGGCGUGCCCGAGGAGGAGGAGGAGGAGGAGGAGGAGGAGGAGCGGCGCGGCUCGGAGGCGGAGGAGGAGGGCGCGCUGGACUGCGGGCUGAGGCUGAGGAAGGUGAGCUUCAUCGAGCGCGGCGAGCGGCGCGCCGAGCCCGCCGGGCCCGGGGACGAGCCCUUCCUGGAGGAGGGCAGCCCCACCAUGGUGGAGAAGGGCAUGGACCCCGCCGCCGUCUUCGAGCUGGCCGACGACGAGGAGGAGGAGGCCGAAGCGCAGCCCGGCAGCCCCGGCAGGGCGGAGGAGCCGGCGGUGCUGGCGAGGAGGAGGAGGAGGGAGGAGGAGGAGGGCGAGGAGGAAGGGAGGAAGCGCAACCGCGCCUCGUGGAUUGACCCGCCCGAGGAGGAUUACUCCACGCAGCUGACGCAGGCCGAGGUGGAGAGCUGCAUGAAGAAGUACGAGGACACCUUCCAGGACUACCAGGAGAUGUUCAUCCAGUUUGGCUACGUGGUGCUCUUCUCCUCGGCCUUCCCGCUGGCGGCCGCCUGCGCGCUGCUCAACAACGUCCUCGAGAUCCGCAGCGACGCCUUCAAGCUCUGCACCGGCCUGCAGAGACCCUUCGGCCAGCGCGUGGCCAGCAUCGGCCAGUGGCAGGCAGUGAUGGAGGCCAUGGGCGUGCUGGCCAUCGUGGUGAACUGCUACCUGCUGGCGCAGUGCGGGCAGCUGCGGCGCCUCUGCCCCUGGCUCAGCCCCGAGGGCGCCAUCGUCUCCGUCGUGGUGCUGGAGCACUUCGCCCUGCUCCUCAAGUACGUCAUCCAGGUGGCCAUUCCCGACAUCCCCGCCUGGGUGGCUGAGGAGAUGGCCAAGCUGGAGUACCAGCGCCGCGAGGCCUUCAAGAAGCACGAGCGGCAGGCCCAGCACCACUUCCAGCAGCAGCAGCGCCGGCGGCGCGAGGAGGAGGAGCGGCAGCGCCAGGCCGAGCUCCAGGCGCGCCGCGACCGCGACCCCACCCGUGACGAGGCCACCAAGUCCGAGGCCACCGGGCAGGACCCGGCGCACGACAAGGGCCAGGCCAAGGGGAAAAGCUCCGGCGGCUCCUCCGCGCACGGCCCCGACAAGCCCAAGCGGCCCAGCUCGCUGCUGGCCACCAACAACGUGCUGAAGCUGAAGCAGAUCAUCCCGCUGCAGGGCAAGUUCCUGCCCGGGGCCGGUGCCGCUGCCGGUGCCGGUGCCGGUGCCGGUGCCCGCUCGCCGCAGUCGCCCACGGGCGGCGAGAACAAACUGCCGGCGUUCCUGAGCUUCAGGUUCCUGCGGCCGCCCGAGGCGCGGCGCGACGCGGCCCCCGAGAAGGCGCAGUCGCCCACCAAACCCUUCAACCCCGGCAAACUCUUCGGCUUCGGCCGCUCCGACGGGCCCGGCGGCAACGGCGGCGCCGCCCCGCAGCCCCGGGCCGGGCCCUCGGCGGACGCGGCGCCCGGGAAGGCGCAGCUCAGCGAGGACGGGGCGCGGGAGGAUGCGGAGAACCGGGCGGAGGAGGAGGGCGGCGGUGCCCGGCUCUGACCGGGGGCUCCGGGGGUCCCGGGGGACCGGGAGGAGCCGGGCGGGGGAGGAGAGCGGCGGUGCCCGGUUCUGAGCGGGGCUCCGGGAGCUCCGGGGACACGGGGAGCCGGUGAACCGGGAGGAGGAGGAGGAGAGCGGCGGUGCCCGGUUCUGAGCGGGGCUCCGGGAGCUCCGGGGGGAGCCGGUGAACCGGGGGGAAGAGGAGUAGGAGAGCGGCGGUGCCCGGUUCUAACCGGGGCUCCGGGGGCACAGGGAGCCGGUGAACCGGGGGGAGGAGGAGGAGGAGGAGAGCAGCGGUGCCCGGUUCUGAGCAGGGCUCCGGGAGCACGGGGAGCCGGUGAACCGGGGGCAGGAGGAGGAGGAGAGCGGCGGUGCCCGGUUCUGAGCAGGGCUCCGGGAGCACGGGGAGCCGGUGAACCGGGGGCAGGAGGAGGAGGAGAGCGGCGGUGCCCGGUUCUAACCGGGGCUCCGGGGGCACGGGGAGCCGGUGAACCGGGAGGAAGAGGAGGAGGAGGGCGGCGGUGCCCGCUUCUGAGCGGGGCUCCGGUGGUUCCGGCGGUUCCGGGAGCCGCCCGGUCCCUGCUGCGCGCGGCCGUGGCCGUCGGGAGCCUCUCGCCGCCGCUCGCCCGCGGGGCCGCACCGGGCCCGGUGGCCGCCAGCGCCGCGCUCCGCUCCGGUGCUCUGUGCUGUGUCCCCCCGUGUCCCCCCGGUCCCCCGGGCUGUGUCCCCCCCGGUCCCCCCGGCCCCGCCGCUCGGAGCCGCCGCCACCGCCCCGGGGCCCGCGGGGGGACAGCGGGGGAGGCCUGAGGGUGGCGAGGCGGCGAAACCCCGGUACCGGGAGCACGGCGUGAGCUAUCCCGGUACGGCUGGAGCAUCCCGAAACUUCCCAGGCUCACCGGAGGGAGUUAUCCCGGUUUUUGGAGCAUCCCGGUUUCCAUGGGUACCAGGGGCCGUUAUCCCGGGUUUUGGAGCAUCCCGGUUUCCAUGGGUACCGGGAGCAGUUAUCCCGGGUUUUGGGAGCAUCCCGGUUUCCAUCGGUACCGGGGGCCGUUAUCCCGGGUUUUGGAGCAUCCCAAACUCUCCCACACUCCCGGUUCACCCCAGAGACGCCGCGCUCCAGCCUUUGGAUCCUCCGGGAGCCACAUCCCGCUCCUGGAAUUCCCGGGAUCCCGGGACGAGCCCGAUUCAGCCGUGCCUCAACCCUGCUCCGCCCGCUCCCCCCGCCUGGAUCCCGAAUCCCGGACCCCGGAGAUCCUUCCCAGGAGUUUUCCAGCCGGGAAUGGGGCGCAUUUCCCGGGAAUUCCGUGCAUGGGCAGCGUUUCUUGCACUAAAUCCCAACCCCGAUCCCGCCGCCGGUGCCGCUUCUCCCAGAAAAAUCCCAAAUCCCAGCGGGCCAUUCCCGGCUCCAGCUCCGAAUUCCCUGGAAUUCUGCCGCAAUGAGGGGGGGGCAAGGAGGGGACACGGGGGGAGGGGGUGGGAGCCGCUUCGCUGCUGCCGCGGGAAGGAAUUCCGGCAUUCCCGGGAUUCUCGGCAUUCCCGGGAUCGGCUUCUCCAGCGGGAUCCCUGCUGGGAAUGCGCUCCCGGCAAUGGGAAUGCGCUCCCUCCUUUCCCUGCUUCGCUUCGCGGCUUGGUGGCACUUGGGGACAUCCAUUCCCAAAGGGAAAAA